AUUACAACCACGUGCCCCUGGUUUAAUGUCGUUAAAGGCUGUUAAUUAAUGAGAAGCACUGAAGCACCCCCGAGGCUCCCCUCUGGGAUCCAGUGGUGAAAAGAAAAGUUGUCACUCGUGUUUCCCACGGUCUCCAGGAAACAUCACACUCCUCACAAGCAAAUGUGAAACAACUGCGGCUCUAAACGACGCGCCAGCACGAGACCCCAAACGGAACGCGUGUCGCACGACGACGCGGAGGUGUGAAAGCAAAACGUUUCGCCGUCCUCACACCUUCAGUCCGCGUGUGCAGAGGUGUCAAGCGUGCAGGGACGGCGAGGUGCAGAUGAUUUUCAUUGGAAAGACAGAAGCAGAAAGAAAAGAGAGAGACACUUUAAGGAAACAUUCAAAUGUGAGCCACAUGUUUUGGUGCAUUAACCAAACAGCAGCACAGAUGGACAGAAGUGUCAACUCAUGCAGUGGCGAGCAUCCCAAAUGGUUCAUGCAGCCCAAACGUGCACGUGUGCUCAGUUUCUCACGUCUCUUCGUGGCCCAGUCUUACAUUGGGCCACUGAUAUUACAGGAAAACUGAGAAUCCUUUGGAACCUCUAAAAUUAGCCCAAACCGCUAUAACAGUGCGCAAACGCAAUGAAACAGCAGCAGGAAAUAUCUGUGAAAAUGCACCUGAUUGACGUUCAACGUUCAGAUGUGUGAAGAAUAUUAGUUCUACACGAGCUAAAGCCACUUUUUAUGUUAAAUCCACGAAGAAUAACACAUAAAUCUUCCAGAAAUUCAUGCACAAUAAACAACAACACAACUCACUUGUAGAUUUUUACGCACGGAUUUCCUUGUUCCAUGUUUCACACGUUUGUAUUUUUAUGUGAAUCUUCAGAACAAGCUGAUCUGUUUUUAACAGUCGAUUCCUCAUUUCAGUAAAUCGCAGGAUGAAUGUACUGAAUUUAAUCUGAAAUGGUCUAAUGGGUUUAUUGAGCAGGAGGUGGGUGGGAGAGUGCACGUCUGAGGGGAGUGGGAGUGGAUUGUGAAACGUGGGUGUUUAGAGGAGGAGGAGUCUGGAGGACUGGCAGGAAGAGUUUAAAAGGGGCGCCCAGAGACCAGAGCAUUAUUUACCAGAUCUACUGCAGACUGAGAAGACUCCUCUUUGACUUCUGGAUGAGGACAGACAUUGGACGAACAGCAACGAUGCAACUGCUACAGGGAACAGAGGAGAUAACAACAGACAGAAAGUUCAUAAAAUCUCAGGUGGAGAAACGUCGAAGGGAGAGAAUGAACUGCAGCCUGGAGCGUCUGAGAACCGUGUUGCUGCAGGAGCCACAACAACUGAGUGGGGCUCAGCAGAGAUUGGAGAAGGCAGAGAUACUGGAGCACACAGUCCACUUCCUCCAGAGCAACACUCAAGGAGACAGGAUGGGAGCUCAGAGACACUCCUUCCAAGACGGCUUCUCCUCCUGCCUGCAGAGAGCUGCUCAGUUCCUGGGACCUCAGGGGAAAGGCCUGGACGCACGUUUUGCUGCACGCUUUGCCCCUUCAGACGCUGAUCCCACAGGCGUCCAGAUGAGAACCGAGGCCCGUUCCUGCUCCAGCUCUGUGACACAGACCAAGUCCAUUCUUCGGAUGCUUAGACAGAAGUCUAAGCUCAGACUGCAAACACAGACCUCUGGUGCAAACAGUUCUGUUCAUCCAUACCAACGUCCAGUGCAGCAAAGGUCUCCCGGAGUUCCCCAAGAUUCUCAGAAACAAAGUGAUCUUGAGGUCAGAGCGUCGAGUCAAGAAAGCAAACAGAGCUUGAGCCAGAGCUGCCCAGUCAGCCAGACUGUGUGGAGGCCCUGGCCCUGAUCCCCAGGCAGUGAACGCUCUGAACCUGAAUCUUUAAAUGACAGACUGAUGAUUGAUAUGAUUCAUAUUCACUGGUGUCAAGAAUAUCUGCUCUUUGAUAACUCGUAACAGUGUUGGUGUUCGCCCACGACCUGUAGAUAAUGCAAUCGUCUCAUUGCCGGUGUUAAAUGCUUCUGAAUGAGCUCAGUCAGUGGAGCAGCCGUGCAUUCAGCUGACAGGCACAUAGGGACUCUCCCAGACUGGAACAGGCGUGAGUUGGAUCAGGCGGCUGAGCCGGGCCGAGCUGAGCUGUCCAGCUGGGACUGUUGCUGUGCCGAAGAAUGAGUUCAGAGGUGAGUGAUCGAACAGAAGCCUCCUCCCUCAUAUUCUGCAAAAAAAAACAACUGUCUGAUCAGCUCUGAUUGAAGACGUGGAUAAUGACCGAGUGUCCGUCUAUCACAUUUCCAGGUGUGUUACCUCAGAGUCUGACGCUGGGAGGACACUCACAUUCACCUGCUGACAUGAAAGACCUCAAUGGCAACGUGUCCAAUACGAAGUCAAUUCCCUUUAAAUAUAUAUCUUGUCUAUUUUGCACAUUAAUUUAUUCUGUAUGUCUCCCUAUGGUGAGCAGUAUUCCUUUUUUAUAAU